AUGGAGACGGCAUCACAGCCGCGGGACAAUCGCAAGCGGUGGUCGGGGCUGCAGUUACAAUAUGGGUUACCAACACCAACGACGUCACCGAAACUAGAACAUGAACAGUGGACACCGAUCGAGCAUAGGGUGAAUGCGCUGGCCGAGGUCCAACGCCUUCAAGAACGGUUUGCGGCCCUCGCACGCUCUGAGAAUGCGCGCAUUCUUGGAACACCUCCGAAAUCAACCCAGAGGGCACCGACGCAAGAAGCUGUGGGAGUUGAAGGGCCCUCGCCGAAAAGACUCCGGUCAGUGGCCAGUCAUCGCAAGAGCCACAGCUUCGACAGCGGCUUGUCUAUUGGUGGCAAUUCGUUACCACCGAAAAGCCCCGGAGACUAUUCUUACCUGCUUGCUCAGGAAGAGUUUGAUAAUAGUUGGAAUCAAGAAGACGAUAAUCAAGACGAACUUUUGGACUUUACCGAAGAUGAGGGCGAAAUAGAUCAGGACAGUUCUAUUUUGAUGGUUAGGGCACGAGACCUUAAACAAGCCUUGCGAGAAUCCAAACUAAAAAAUGAUUUGAGAACAAAGGAGCCACAGUCUCUCAGCGAAGCCACAUUGAUACUCUCUCUGGCCUUCAAGGCCUGGCUGGUUGCAGUUCUUGUUUGCGCAGCUCGCGGCGAGCGUGCCAUCAGAUUAUAUAUUAUUGCCGCAUUCAUAUUUUUAUUGGCAGUGGUCCUUCUUUAA